AGCACCGCCUUCAGCCAACAAUGUUUAAGAAUCGAGGAUAUUAUCCUUGAACCGUUGACAAUAUUGGCUCUUCAAAAGUUGUUGAUGGAAACGACACCGUUGACUUUAUAUUGCAUAUCUGUUAAAUCAAACAAUGAAACCAUUGGGUUCUGAUGAGGAAGACGAGCUUUCCGAUUACCAGAAAAAGCUUAGAGAACGGGCUAAUCGCAGUAUCCAGCAGUUGAGCAGUACUCUGUCGCAGCAAAAGCACGGGGAGGAGGAAUCGGAAGUGGUGGACGCAAGCACCGCAGGGUCAAGCAGUGGACCCCGCAGUGCAUCGGGGGGAAAGGAGGAUGCUUCGUGGAGCAAAAGAUUCCAGAGCGAAGCAGUCAACCAGUUGAGGACCUUCCUAAUGAAGCAGCAAAAGGAAACAUCUCCUCCUCUUUCUACAUCACAGAGAUACUCUCCCUCCAAGCUCCCACAGGGGGAGGGUGGCUCAGGAAUGACUGCCAUUCAGGAUUUAGUCCCAAUCAUUUACAACCAAUCAGAGUACAUCCAGCAUCUGGAGGCCGAGGUCAAAUUCUGCAAGGAGGAGGUCCAGGGGGUUAAGCAGAGGGUGCGGGUGGUUGUGGUGGAGAAUGAGAAGCUGCAAUCCAGCCUGAAUAAAACACUGAUGGACAAGACAGUGCUAGAGUCAAAGUGCAAUGAAUCUCCAGGGAUCAGAGGUCAUACAGGAUCAACCCCAGGCAACAGGUCGUCUCAGGGAAUUGAUGACCAAACAUGGAAGGAGGAACUGGAGCAGCUGAAGGCACUGCACCAGGCCCAGACUGAAACAUUGGAGGAUCAGGUCACCUCUCUAAGGAGAGAGCUGGUGGGGUGUCAGAGGGGGUGUGAGGAGGCGGCCAGCCGCCUUCGACAGCGGGAGGCACAGGCCGCCAAGCUGAGCGCCGGGGCCCCUCGCGUCGGGGGCCUGUGUCUCAAGUGUGCCCAACACAAGGCCGUCAUGGCGGAGACCCACAGCAACGUGCACGUGCAGGCCAUCGAAAGGCUCACCAAGGAGCGUGACGAGGUGCUGGUGGCGCUGCGGGCCGUGCGGGCCAGUCAGGAAGAGGCCCAGCAGAGGGAGUGGUCCGCCUGUCUGCAGGUCAAACAGGCCGUGGAGGUGGCAGAGGAGGCCAACCUGCAUAAGGCCCAGGUGGAGCUGCAGUGUGAGCAGCUGUCCAGGGAGCUGGGUCGGCAGAGGGAGCGGCUGGAGAGGGAGGCGCAGGGCCUGCAGGAGAGGCUGGCGGAGGCCAGGGAGGAGGCCCGCGGAGAGGCCCGCAGGGAGAGGGAGGAGCUGGGGCAAACGGUGUCAAAUCUUUCCCAGCAAGUUGCUGAACUGGAGGGACAACUUGAUCGAGCAAACAGAGAGAGAACUUCACUGACCAAUCAGCUUGAAGACACCCUCCGAAAACUGACAAAUCAGGAACAAGAGAGCACCACGAUGUGUGUGGACCUGCGGUACCAGCUGAGCCAGGCCGUGAUGAAGAGAAAGGAGACGGAGAGCGAGCUGAGAGAGCUGGCCACCAAGACGUCCAGACAGACGGAGCACUCCUCGCAGGAAGUGGAGAAGCUGAGCUCUGUGCUGGUUGGCUGUCAACAUCGCUUGGAGGCGGUCCAAAAGGACGGGAGCCAAUGGCAGACCGAAGCCUUGAGCCUGGCAGAACAGCUGGCAAAUGCCCAGCGCCAACUGCACCUCACCAGGCAGGAGAAGGACAGCGCUGAGCAUGCGUACGGUGAGGACCUGGACUCCGCCCUCACGUCGGCCCAGCAGCGGGAGAGUGAGCUGGUGGAGCGGGCAGGGCAGCAGCACCUGAAGCACAAGCACCAGGUUGAGGAACUGGAUGGUCUGCUUACUUUGCAAAACUCCCUGAUUGGGAAGCUGAAGGAGGAGUGUUGCAUGCUAGGAGCCAAGCUGGAAGAGCUGAGCCAAAACAGCAGGGCGGAGCUUGAGCAGGUGUCUCUGGAGCGGCAGCACCUCCAGGAGACGGGGGAGAGGCUGAGGGCGCGCUGCUCCGACCUGGAGAACCAGUGUGUCCAGCAUGGCCGCCUGCAUCAGCGCAUGAAGGACAGGCUGCAGCAGUUGGACCGCCACUGUCAGAGCAGCGCCCAGCAGGUGUGUGAGCUGCUGGCCACACAGAACCAGCUGAUGGAGGAGAGACGCGCCCUCAACCAGGACCUCCACAUGUAGGAGCAGUGCACACACCCACACACAUGCAUAAAUGCACACACACACACACACACACACACAUGCUCACACACACACAAGCUCACACACACACACAUGAUGUUUCGUCUGUUCGCAAUCCGUCCACUGAGGACGGUCUGUUGCUCCAUUCAUUCGUCAGAAUGAAAUCCUUUUAUCAUUCUGGCAUUUGU